UUCACAGAACAAGCGUGAAAAGCAGUAGUGCUCUAUGUUAGCGUCUUCUGCGAAUUUAAAUUAACGUGUUCAUAAUGUGUGGUUAUUGGGCAACAAUGUCGAUUAUUUAUUACGAUGUGUAUCAGUUUGUGUGAAAGUGUUUGGUUGUGUGUGUUUCUAGUGAUGAGGUGUGUUCUAUGAACAUGUAUUCGGCACCGAGGCAUCCAUCAGCUGGGGGUGCUCCACCUCCAGGAGGGCAACUGAAGUUUACCAUAGCUGAAACAUGUGAACGAAUCAAGGAAGAAUUUAACUUCUUGCAGGCACAAUACCAUACGUUAAAAGUUGAAUGUGAAAAACUAGCGGGAGAAAAGACUGAAAUGCAAAGGCAUUACGUUAUGUAUUAUGAAAUGUCAUAUGGACUCAAUGUGGAAAUGCAUAAGCAAACUGAAAUAGCUAAACGGUUGAAUGCAAUAAUAGCUCAAGUUUUACCCUUCUUAGCACAAGAGCAUCAACAGCAGGUGGCCACAGCUGUAGACCGGGCGAAACAGGUCACCAUGUCUGAGCUCAAUGCUAUAAUUGGGCAACAGCAGCAGCAGGGACUGCAACAAUUACUACAACAGAUGCACGCCCAGCAGUUGCCGCACUGUCCACCAGGCGGAGGUCCUCCGGGGGCGGCAGCCGGCCUACUCGGAUUCCCGCCAGGGGCGGCACUUCCGCCGCAUCCCGCCUCGCUGGUGAAGGCGGCAGAAAUGCACGCGGCAGCUGCUGCCGCUCACGCCGCCUCACGAGGUGCUGCCUCCGCCGCCGCCGAAGCGGACGUUAAACCGCCGACCAUGGCUGAUGAUCGACUGAGAAGUCCAGCAGCAUCACCUUCCGAAAAGUAUAGAACUAGAUCUCCAGACCAUGACUCAAAACGACGAAAACAUGACAAACUACAAUCACAUGACAGUGAUGGGGAGAAGAGUGACACCGAGUUAGUAGUGGAUGUCGCAAACGAAGAGACAGACUCGCCCCACCAUAAUGGCGACAUCAGGGAGAACGGAUCGGAGAAGGUGAUUGGGGUGGCUGGCAUCAAGAUGGAGCGACCUGGUAGUCGUAGCGGAUCCUGCAGCUCCAACAGGAGUACUCCCUCCCUCAAGAGCAAAGAUAUGGACAAACCCCCUACUCCGGUGUCGAAGGCAACCACCCCUACCCUGCCACCCCUGUUACCCGGGGCACCGGGGCCCAGCAAAGGGGGGCCCCCAGUGGGCGGGGCACCUCCCCCUCUGCUGAUGGGGGGCCCCCCGGCGCCCCCUUUCGCCCGCGGGGCCAAUGCCAACGACCCCUACAAUGCAGCUAACCCUUACAUUAGGCCCAACAUGAUGGGAGGAUAUGAUGCUCAUCCACAUGCUAGGUCUGGGACGAACGGUAUUGGAACUCCAGGAGGAAAACCUGCCUACUCAUUUCACAUGAAUGGCGAAGGCCAGCUACAGCCGGUGCCGUUCCCGCCGGAUGCGCUGAUUGGUCCGGGCAUUCCACGGCACGCGCGCCAAAUCAACACCCUGUCUCACGGCGAGGUGGUCUGCGCCGUCACCAUCUCCAACCCCACCAAGUACGUCUACACCGGCGGCAAGGGAUGCGUCAAGGUGUGGGACAUCAGUCAACCCGGCUCCAAGUCGCCUGUCUCGCAGCUUGACUGUCUGCAACGGGACAACUACAUAAGAUCGGUGAAGUUGCUGCCUGAUGCCCGUACUUUGAUUGUGGGAGGAGAAGCAAGUAAUCUAAGCAUCUGGGACUUAGCUACUCCCACGCCCCGUAUCAAAGCCGAGCUUACUUCCAGCGCGCCGGCUUGCUAUGCGCUUGCAAUAAGUCCUGACUCUAAGGUAUGUUUCAGCUGUUGUUCAGACGGUAAUAUAGCCGUUUGGGAUCUGCAGAAUCAGACUUUGGUACGGCAAUUCCAAGGCCACACUGACGGAGCAUCAUGCAUUGAUAUAAGCGCUGAUGGCACCAAGCUAUGGACUGGAGGUCUGGACAACACGGUGCGCUCGUGGGACUUGCGCGAAGGCCGGCAACUGCACCAACACGACUUCGCUUCGCAGAUCUUCUCGCUGGGCUACUGCCCGACAGGCGAGUGGCUGGCGGUGGGCAUGGAGAAUAGCAAUGUGGAAGUGCUGCACGCGCACAAGCCUGAUAAGUACCAGCUGCACCUGCAUGAGUCGUGUGUGCUCUCUCUGCGAUUCGCCGCUUGUGGCAAGUGGUUUGUCUCCACCGGCAAGGACAACCUACUCAAUGCCUGGCGCACGCCCUAUGGUGCCAGCAUAUUCCAGUCGAAAGAAUCCUCCUCAGUGCUCAGCUGUGAUAUCUCGGCGGAUGAUAAAUACAUAGUGACAGGCUCUGGAGAUAAAAAAGCCACAGUUUACGAGGUUAUGUAUUGAGCAGAAAAAUUUAGCGAACUGUACAGCUAUUGAAUAAUAUUCUGCCUCGUAAUACUGGAGAAGCAGAGUGCUAGACGAUAAGAAACACGACCAAGUUCAUUGAUGUAAGGCUCCAAACGUUUCUGACAAAAAUAUUUCGAUUUCGAAGUCAAGUAUUCCUUGAUUAUAAAAAUAUAAUCGUACCUGAGUGUGGGCCUGAAUCCAUUCAUUUCUAUAGUAAGAAUAUUGAGUUAAUAUUGUUAACUAUUUUAAGAAGUUUCCUACUUCUAAAGCCAGAUGCAAUAAAGAAUGAAUUUGAAAAAAAAUAAAUAAAAAGUCUUGCUUGAUAUAGUGAGGUCUACCUUAUAAUGAAAGUGGAGAAAGAUCCUCUAUCUUAUCAAUGCCUUCUAUAGACGGUAGCUGAUGCAGUUUUAUUGAUGUGAUAUUAACUUUUCAUUCUCGUUUUAAAUAAUCAAUGAUAUUUUAUCAAGGAAGAAAUUUUAUUUUACAAUAACCACACAAUGAAUUUUCAUAAAAAGUAUGAAAUAUUUUGUUAAUUAAUUAUUAAUUCGUAAUUAUUGUUAAAAAAUGAUCUAGCAAAGCGAGAAAGAGAUAGCGCUUUCCGCUUUGUUGAAUGAUAGACAAGAAUAGCAAUACCAUUGCUAAUCAAACACUGCCAUUAUAACGUGGACCUCACUGCAGGUGUGAGUACCUGACUGCUCUUGAACUGUAUCCUCGUUCGGAAAUUGUGAGCUGUUUUCGCAUUUAAAUAAAUACACAUUGUAAUGUGACUUUUUACACAAACACCUUGAGGUUGAAAUUAAUAUUAAGGAUUUGAAAACAAUAAUGGUGUCAUGUAUCAAUUCCAACAGCUUUGAAUCAUUUCAACAUACAGGGUGGGUGAAAAGUACGAGAACGGCUUAAUAUCUCAUACACUAUGGUAAUUUGAUGAUGGGUGUGAUUGAGAUCCUACUUAAAUUUAAAAUACUACUUUUCUAUGACUUCAAAAAUCUGGUCCGCCAUUUGGAUCCACCAUACUGAAUGCAACUUUUUUUUUUAAUAGGAAGGUG